CGGAAGCGGCGCGCGGCGCUUCCGGGGCGGUGGGCAAAGAUGGCGGUGGAACUGCAGCGGCUGGGAUGGCGCCUCGAGGAGCUGGAGCGGCGGGUCGGCGGCUGCGGCGGGGCCGAUGGAGCGCGCAAGGUGGCUGAUGAGCUGGUGAAGGUGCAAGUGGCACUGAACAACAUUGCCGGGAAGAGAGAAAGGAUCAAAAUCCUGUAUAAGAAAAUUGAGGAUGUAAUAAAAUACCUGGACCCUCAGUACAUUGAUAGGAUGGCUGUCCCAGAUGCCAUGAAGCUGCAGUUCAUCUUAGCAGAAGAGCAGGUUAUUCCAACCCAAGCAGCCCUUCUGGAGCAGGUGAAGAACCUCCAGCCUGUCCUGGACAGUGCGAGCAUCCGAGCGGUUCCUGACCAUGCAGCCAAACUACAGCGACUCUCUCAGAUCCACAUACAGCAGCAGGAACAGCGUCAGGAUCUCUCUGACAAUGUCAAGACACUCCUGGAAGACUACAACAAGAUGACCCUGCUUCUCUCCAAGCAGUUUGUUCAGUGGAAUGAAAUACUGACACGGCUGGAAACAGCCAAGGGAGGGAAACCUGCAGCAGAGUGAUGGUGGAGCCAGGAACAUGGAAAACCCCAGGGACUCUGCCGGCCUUGGAUUGCUCUGGAGAGGCUGCAGCACAGCUUGCACCCAGUUAUCUCGGCAUCUUCACACUUGGCGUGAGCAUGCAGCAGGUGACAUUGCAGCUCCUGGGGCUCCGUGGCUCCACAGCUGAGCUCUGCUGUCCUACAUCGAAGCCACACUACUCAUUAAUUUGCCACUGUUUGCAAAUCUUGCACUUCCCCUGAAUACAUUUUGGUUUGUAAUGUAUUUAAAAAUCCCUUUGUGCUCUACUACGAUCUACAAUAAAAGUCCUGGAAUGCUC